CGCCAGGCGAGAGUACAAGUCUGCUUGUAUGAACGCUGUGAAGGAUCGCGUCGAGGUGGCGCACAAGGUGCACUUGACAAUCUGACCUAGAUCUGGAACAACACAACUUUCAGCAAUUACCCCUGUUGAUGUGUCGCUGUGGUUGAGUUUUUGAUUCUCUUGGAGGAGGUAGAGCAGAGAUUCCUUGUUUCUGUGUGGCUGAAUCCUGCGGAGUAACUGUGACAGCGUUGGCUGGGGCGCACGUGGCGCCACUAUGAACGUCACCUCUCUCUUCUCCUUCACCAGCCCGGCGGUCAAGCGACUGCUGGGCUGGAAGCAAGGCGAUGAAGAAGAGAAGUGGGCAGAGAAGGCGGUGGAUGCUCUGGUCAAGAAGCUGAAGAAGAAGAAGGGUGCUAUGGAGGAGCUGGAGAGGGCACUCAGCUGCCCCGGUCAGCCAAGCAACUGUGUCACUAUCCCCCGCUCGCUGGACGGAAGGCUCCAGGUGUCACACCGGAAAGGGCUGCCUCACGUCAUCUACUGCCGCGUAUGGCGUUGGCCUGACCUGCAGUCACACCAUGAGCUCAAUGCCCUGGAGUGUUGUGAGUUCCCCUUUGGAUCUAAGCAGAAAGAUGUGUGCAUCAAUCCCUACCACUACAAGAGGGUGGACAGUCCAGGUGAGUGA